CUGCAAGCCAAGACUUGGUAUUAGCUGGAGUAUGGCCGCCAUGAUGGGCGACGUCGUUUUUCGUCGUUGGGCGCACGCGCCCACAAUACAUGCCGCUAGCCAUGUUGACCAUGAAGAAAGAGUUGCAUGGUUUUCUACUUCUAUGCUUCCACGUAGUUCUCUUAAAAUAGUUAUGGUGAUCCUCUUGGCGGCCCUUUUUGUUUUACAAUUUAUUUUAUAAGUCGUCUUUGAAAUUAAAAGUUCAGAAUCUGGAUAUUUUUUCUGAUUGGUAAUAAAGCGCAAAAUACUGAAAGCCAAAUGCCUCAAGGCUGUCCUGGGGGUGGGAGAAUGCCCAGCCCCUGCACAUUAAUUACAUUUCAAAUUGAUUUUGCUAUUUUGUGCCAUUUAACUCUUCAACACAAGGUAGUUAAAAUUAAUGUUUCCCCAACAAGACCUUAACCCUUAAUGCCCUCAGUGCUAGAGGUUUUUUGAUGUUGCAACAAACCCCUGCCCGGCUGAGUAUUGCCAAAUUCAAAAUACAAAUCCCGACAAAUCACGACUUGAACGGGGAAGAAAUUAAAGAUUCGUUUUAUGAACCUUUAUCUCAGGGAGCUGCACAAUAUCAGGUUACAAGAAAAGAAAUUGCCUUGAUUAAAUGGAGAGGUUAUUCCUGAUUGCUUUUCACCGACAGUUAAAAUACAGGAGCACGCAACGAAUCUGUUGAUGGAAACAUCUGUUCCCCAGCCGGUUCCUUAAUCAGCGAAGGAAAAGAUAAUCACAGAUACAUCUAAUCACAGUCUUUAAUUUUAUUAACCUGCCGCAUUUUCUCAUAGUAUUUUUUGGUGUUUUCUAGGUGUACCUUGAAGAAACCAAGCAACUUGACCAGAUUAAUACUAGUACAAAUCAAUGAUGAAAAGAAUUUUAGAAAACUACGCGCGAGAUCUAAACAGUGCAAAACAAUCAGGCGAUAAGGCCGAAGAAAGGGAUGCUUAUUGCACUCUUGGUAUGGCUUACAAGAAUCUUGGUGAUUUCAAACAGGCCAUAGAUUAUCACAAGCAAUAUCUGAGUAUUGCAAAAAAACUGGGACGGAGAGAUGAAGAAGGAUGUGCUUAUGUAAAUCUUGGAAACGCCUACCAGAGUCUGGGUGAUUUCAAACAGGCCAAAGAUUAUCACAAGCAACAUCUGAGUAUCGCAAAAGAACUGAAACAGAGAGAUGAAGAAGGAGGUGCUUAUUUAAAUCUUGGAAACGCCUACCAGGGUCUGGGUGAUUUCAAACAGGCCAUAGAUUACCACAAGCAAGCUCUGAGUAUUGCAAAGGAACUGGGACGGAGAGAUAGAGAAGGAGAUGCUUAUGGAAAUCUUGGAAACGCCUACCGGGGUCUGGGUGAUUUCAAACAGGCCAUAGAUUACCACAAACAAACUCUGAGUAUUGCAAAGGAACUGGGGCGGAGAGAUGCAGAAGGAGCUGCUUAUGGAAAUCUUGGCAACGCCUACGAUAGCCUGGGUUAUUUUAAACAGGCCAUAGAUUACCACAAGCAACAUCUGAGUAUUGCAAAGGAACUGGGACGGAGAGAUGGAGAAGGAAGUGGUUAUGGAAAUCUUGGCAACGCCUACCAGGGUCUGGGUGAUUUCAAACAGGCCAAAGAUUACCACAAGCAAGCUCUGAGUAUUGCAAAGGAACUGGGACAGAGAGAUAGAGAAGGACGUGCUUAUGGAAAUCUCGGAAACGAUUACCAUAGUCUCGGUGAUUUCAAACAGGCUAUAGAUUACCACAAACAAGCUCUGAGUAUUGCAAAGGAACUGGGACAGAGAGAUGGAGAAGGAGAUGCUUAUGCAAAUCUUGGAAACGCCUACCAUAGUCUCGGUGAUUCCAAACAGGCCAUAGAUUACCACAAACAAGCUCUGAGUAUUGCAAAGGAACUGGGACAGAGAGAUGGAGAAGGAGCUGCUUAUGCAAAUCUUGGCAACGCCUACAAGAGUCUCGGUGAUAUCAAACAGGCCGUAGACUACCACAAGCAAACUCUGAGUAUUACAAAGGAACUGGGACAGAGAGAUGGAGAAGGACAUGCUUAUGUAAAUCUUGGCAACGCCUACCGUUGUCUGGGUAAUUUUAAACAGGCCAUAGAUUACUACGACCAAUCUCUUAGUGUUGCAAAGGAACUGGGACUGAAAGAAGGAGAAGGACAUGCUUAUGCAAAUCUUGGUAUCGCCUACGAUAGCCUGGGUGAUUUGAAACGGGCCAUGGAUUACCACAAGCAACAUCUGAGUAUUGCAAAGGAACUGGGACAGAGAGAUGGAGAAGGAGUUGCUUAUGGAAAUCUUGGCAACGCCUACUUCAGUCUGGGUGAUUUUAAACGGACCAUAGAUUAUCAAAUGAAACAUCUUAGUAUUGCAAAGGAACUGGGAAAGAGAGAUGGAGAAGGAGCUGCUUAUGGAAAUCUUGGCAACGCCUACCAGAGUCUGGGUGAUUUAGAACAGGCUACGGACUGCCACAAGCAGUCACUUGAUAUUGCAAAAGAAUUAGGGUUGAAGGAUGCAGAAGCAAGAUCUUAUGGCAAUAUUGGCAAUGAUUAUUAUCUCCUUGGUGAUUUUGAACAAGCCGUAGAUAAUUUCCAGAAAUACCUUAGCAUUAGCAAAGAACUUGAGAACAGAGCUGAAGAAGGAAAAGCGCAUGGCAGUCUUGGCAAUGCUUACCACAGUUUAGGUGAUUUCAAACAGGCCAUUUAUUACCACAACCAACAUCUGAGCAUUGCAAGGGAACUGGGAGAGAAAAAGGAAGAAGGGCAUGCAUGCUAUUCUCUAGGUCGCGACUUCGAAUUAUCGGGUGAUUUACAUGAAGCCCUCAAUUAUUAUCGAUCCAGUGUAAAAGUCUUGAACGAGAUAAGAAGUCUUCUUCAGUCUGAGGAUACGUGGAAAAUAAGCUUCCGUAACGCAUGUCAGCAUUCUUACACUGCCCUGAGGAGUAUUCUACUACGUCUUGAAAUGCCCGAGGAAGCUUUACGUGUUGCUGAACAAGGACGAGCACAGGCCUUGAUGGAUCUGAUGAAAUAUCAAUAUGGCUCUAAAUCACUAGCGCCUGAGUCACAGGGAUCUAAAGUAACAACGACUGACAUAUUGAGUGAGAUUCCCACGCCAACAGUUUUUAUCGCACUGAAAGAUAACACAGUCAAUCUAUGGCUACUCAUGGGUACAGAUGUCCAUUUUGAAAAAAAGAGCAUUGAAGAUGUGUCCUUGCUCAUGGAAAAUGCCUUCAAAGAAAUUGGUGUUGGUGUGAAGGUUAAAUGCGAGAAUCGUUCACUGGAUGACCGAGAAGGUGAAGCACCGCUCAGUGAAGAAUCUUGUCACCACAUGGCAGAUGGUAAAACCAAUUCUCUGCGCGUCUUGUUCGAUACUGUAAUUGGCCCAAUUGCACACCUUCUCAAAGGCGAUGAAUUAAUCAUUGUCCCGGAUGGCCCAUUGUGCUUGGCGCCUUAUGCUGCGUGUGUAGAUGAAACUUCCAAAUAUCUUAGUGAAUCUACCAGGAUCCGCAUUCUUCCUUCGCUUACAAGUUUAAAAUUGAUCACAAGUUGUCCAGAGGGCUACCACAGUAAGAAUGGAGUGCUUCUUGUGGGAGAUCCAUGCUUGGAGAAAACCAAGAAAAAGCACAGAAGAUUAAACCCUUUGCCAGGGAGGAGACCCGCGAAGUCCACACCAGUGAAGGUAAAUGGUUGCUCCUUUGUGAUCUUGAACGGGGGCAAUGCAGGCGCUGUGGGUGAAACUGUAGGGCUUUCUUUGUAG